AGUUCAAUUCAAAAUCAAUACUCCCCCUCCCCAUAUAAAUACAAAAUCAAGGCUUAAUCCCUCACGCCCUCCAAUUAUUAUUAUUAUUUUUUUUAAUGUUUAGUUGAUGUGAAUCAACUGACAGGAAACUACUGUUUUGCCUUAGCCAUUGUCGCGCUUCCAGUCAAAAUGGGAGAGCUGCCUUGUCGGCGAGCUUCACCGUCGAUUGAUAGUUUGAGCAGCCAAUCCGGAGGAGUCAACCCGCCCCUGAGCAUCAACCUCUCUCCGAAUAACCCAAUAGCAAAAUAGCGAUUCCACCAGCCGACACGCCCCCGACCACAAGCUAACCUAACGGAGAUUGUUUUCCCCUGUCGGGGAAGAUUUUUUUCCCCCCUACUUUUUGCAGCUCCGCAUCCGCUCUUGUUUUUGUUUUUCUUUUACAAUACGCACCGCGGAAUAGGUCGCGUUUGACACAUUGCUUGCUUCAGGCUGCACCACGGCUGGAGGCAUCGUGGUUAAACCCUGCCGAACGGAUUACCGUCGCACCGUCGGUGAACUUAAAGGAGAGGGGUCCCUCAGCUCAGUCGAGUAUGAGUUCAUGAUGAAGCGGCGACUGGAGGAUCAGGAAACGGUUUUUGCGUCCCAGCAGCGGCGCCUCCCAGGCAACGUUGAUACCUUCCAGCACCGCGCCCUGGCCCCGGCGCCGGCCCCGCCAGCGGUGUAUGAGGCCGUGGCCGACAACAUGCAGCCCACCUCAGGCGUCCAGUACUCGGUCCCGCAGGGAUAUCAGGUUCCCACGGUGGCUCAAAACAGCGGUGGUCACGGGCACUCGCCGAGCCCAGCCGUCCACGGGGGUUCCCACCACCACAGCCCUGCUGCCGUCCAAUCGCACGGGCCACCGGUGAUGCCGGCGCACAGCCACGCGGCUGCGCCUCAGGCCUCGGCGCAGGGCCAGCAACAGUUUCAGCGGCUUAAGGUGGAGGAUGCCUUGUCGUACUUGGACCAAGUGAAGUUGCAAUUUGGCAACCAGCCUCAGGUUUACAACGACUUCCUAGACAUCAUGAAAGAGUUCAAGUCUCAAAGCAUCGACACCCCCGGUGUCAUCAGCCGGGUGUCGCAGCUCUUCAAGGGACACCCCGACCUCAUCAUGGGUUUCAACACCUUCCUUCCACCCGGCUACAAGAUCGAGGUGCAGACCAACGACUUGGUCAACGUAACGACGCCCGGCCAGAUCCACCACAUCACCCCGCACGGCAUUUUGGUGCAGAACAUCCCCAUCACAGGCACGCCCAGCACCCAGCACCCCGCCCAGGCGCCACCCACCGCUACCACCAGCGCGCCCGCCCUCUCGCAGCCCGUCCCGGCCAAGAUGAGCAAACCCCCCCAGCCGCAGGCGCCGACGCCGGGCAGCCCGAGCAACCCGUCCAUUCCGGCCUGCGCCGCGCCGCACUCCCCGCCCGUGACACUCCACCCGCCGCUCGGCGGGAUGCCCGCCGGCCUGCCGGCGCAGAACAACCAGCCGGUGGAGUUCAACCACGCCAUCAACUACGUCAACAAGAUCAAGAACCGCUUCCAGGGUCAGCCCAACAUCUACAAAGCCUUCUUAGAGAUCCUGCACACGUACCAGAAGGAGCAACGCAACGCGAAGGAGGCUGGAGGAAACUACACGCCGGCCCUGACAGAGCAAGAGGUCUACGCUCAGGUCGCCCGGCUCUUCAAGAACCAAGAGGACCUUCUCUCCGAGUUUGGGCAGUUUCUCCCAGACGCCAACAGUUCAGUGCUGUUGAGCAAGACGACAGCCGAGAAGGCCGAGUCGGUACGGAACGAUCACGGCGGCACCACCAAGAAGCUGCAGCUCAACAACAAGCAGAGGCCCAACCAGAACGGCUGCCAGAUCCGCCGGCAUUCCGCUCCCGGGGCCGCGCCCCCCGUCAAGAAGAAGCCCAAGUUACUGAACUUGAAAGAUUCGUCCAUGGCCGAGGCCAGCAAGCACGGAGUCGGAACCGAAUCGCUGUUCUUUGAGAAGGUGCGCAAAGCCUUGCGCAGUACGGAGGCCUACGAUAACUUCUUGCGAUGCCUGGUCAUCUUCAAUCAGGAGGUGAUCUCCCGGGCCGAGCUGGUGCAGCUGGUGCUGCCCUUCCUCGGGAAAUUCCCGGAGCUGUUCACCUGGUUCAAAAACUUCCUAGGGUACCGGGAAAUGUCCCACAUGGAGGCGUACCCCAAGGAGCGGGCCACCGAGGGCAUCGCCAUGGAGAUUGACUAUGCUUCAUGCAAAAGGCUCGGCUCCAGUUACAGAGCGCUGCCCAAAAGCUACCAGCAGCCCAAAUGCACCGGGAGAACGCCACUUUGUAAAGAGGUAUUAAACGACACCUGGGUGUCCUUGCCAUCCUGGUCCGAGGACUCCACCUUUGUCAGCUCCAAAAAGACGCAGUACGAGGAGCACAUCUACAGGUGUGAGGACGAGCGCUUCGAGUUAGACGUGGUGCUGGAAACCAACCUGGCGACCAUCCGGGUUUUGGAGUCCGUGCAGCGGAAGAUCUCGCGGAUGUCUGCGGAGGAGCAGGCCAAAUUCCGCUUGGACAACACAUUGGGCGGCUCCUCCGAGGUGGUGCACCGAAAAGCCAUCCAGAGGAUAUACAGCGAUAAAGCCGCGGACAUUAUCGACGGCCUGAGGAAGAACCCGGCCGUUUCCGUCCCCAUUGUUUUAAAGAGGUUAAAGACCAAGGAGGAGGAGUGGCGGGAAGCCCAGCGAGGUUUUAAUAAGAUCUGGCGGGAGCAGAAUGAGAAGUAUUACCUCAAGUCUCUGGACCAUCAGGGAAUUAACUUCAAGCAGAACGACACCAAAGUGCUGCGCUCCAAGUCCCUGCUCAACGAAAUCGAAAGCAUCUACGAUGAACGCCAAGAGCAGGCUUCCGAGGAGAACGCCAGCCCGCCGGCGGGCCCCCACCUGACCCGGGCAUAUGAGGACCGUCAGAUCCUGGAGGAUGCGGCGGCCCUCAUUAUCCACCACGUCAAACGCCAGACUGGCAUUCAGAAAGAAGACAAGUACAAGAUCAAGCAGAUCAUGUACCACUUUGUCCCCGACUUGCUGUUUGCCCAGCGCGGCGAGCUCUCCGAUGUGGAGGAGGAAGAAGAGGAAGAGGACGUGGAGAUGGAUAUGGAGGAGGGUGUCCCCUCCAAGAAACAUAACGGCAUCCCCGGUAGCGGUGGUGCCAGCCCCACUAAAUCCAAGCUGCUGUUCAGUAACACGGCGGCCCAGAAGCUGCGCGGCUGCGACGACGCCUACAACCUCUUCUACGUCAACAACAACUGGUAUAUCUUCCUGCGGUUGCACCACACGCUAUGCUCGCGACUCCUCCGCCUCUACUGGCAGGCCGAGCGACAGAUUGAGGAGGAUGUGCGUGAACGAGAUUGGGAGCGGGAGGUCCUGGGACUCAAGAAGGAGAAGAACGACAACCCGGCCAUCCAGCUGCGACUCAAAGAGCCCAUGGACAUCGACGUGGAGGUCUACUACUCGGCCUUCUUGGAGAUGGUUCGCAACCUGCUUGACGGCAACAUGGAGGCGUCGCAGUACGAGGACUCGCUGAGGGAAAUGUUCACCAUUCACGCCUACAUCGCCUUCACCAUGGACAAGCUCAUCCAGAGCAUCGUCCGGCAGCUCCAGCACAUCGUGAGCGACGAGAUCUGCGUCCAGGUGACGGACCUCUACUUGGCCGAGGGCGCAAACGGGGCCUGCGGUGGGUCCAUGGCCACGCUGUCUUCCCGGAGCUCCUCGGAGAGCGCCUACCAGCGCAAAGCGGAACAGCUCAUGUCGGAUGAGAACUGCUUCAAGGUGAUGUUUGUAAGGAACAGAGGCCUGGUGCAGCUGACGUUGGAGCUGCUCGACACUGAGGAGGAGAACUCGGACGAGCCCCUCGAGGCAGAGCGCUGGUCCGAUUACGUCGGACGUUACUUGAACCCGGACACCACCACGCCCGAGUUGAGGGAACAUCUGGCCCAGAAGCCCGUCUUUCUCCCCAGGAAUCUGCGUCGGAUCCGCAAGCACCAGAAGUGUCGUGAGCAGCUGGACAAAGAGGCCGGCGAGGGAGGCAAGAAGCCGCUGGACAAGGAGAAGAUGGAGUGCAUGUUCAAGCUCAACUCCUACAAAAUGGUCUACGUCUUCAAGUCGGAGGACUACAUGUAUCGGCGCACCGCGCUGAUGCGAGCGCACCAGUCCCACGAGCGAGUGAGCACCCGCCUCCACAAGCGCUUCCAGGCGUGGUUGGCGGCAUGGGCCGAGGAGCACGUCGGCGCCGACCUGGCCGCCGACACCGACAAGUGGCUGCUGGGCGAGGGCCGCGACGGACUUUUGCCCUGCAGCACCGCGCGCCAACCCGAGGUCCUCCACUUCCGCAACGUCAGCAAAUACCGCGUCAAGUACAGCCCCUAGCGACCGGCUCCGGAAGCAAUUAGUUUUUAAAGGUGAAACGUGUGCGUGUGUAUGCGCGUGGGUGUUCCUCCAGUGGUGGCGGGGUUACUGUUUUUUACCAGCGUUUUUAGCUGGGGAACACACAACCCCUCCCCCUCUCCACCUCCUUCAAGGGUGCCAAAACUCGGGAAUGGUCUCGUCCCGCUCACCAGCACUCACCAAGUGAACCUCGCUUUUUUCCUACAGUAAAUGCCGCUAUACCAUUCAACCGUCCACACAAUCCCAACUGGGAGGGUGGGAGGGGGGGUUGUGAUUUAUUUAAGCCAGCCAGGACAUGCUCGACAAGUGCACUUAUUCAAGGGGGGGGGGGGGGGGGGACAGCAACAGCUUCCCAGAUUUUUGGAUGGAGACGAACGCCCGAUCAUGACUCGCUUCCUGUUCCGGGCUGAGCCUCCCGUAGAAUGUCGUCAGGCGGCAGUUUUAGCACGUCGCCUCACAACAUUGUUUGGACUCAAGAGUGCACCAUUGUAAAGCUAUGUGUUGUACAUAUAUAUAUAUAAUAUAUAUUAUAUAUAGUUCUAUGAACAUACAUCAUCCUCGCCACCCUGGAAGAUAAUACCUAAAAAAAAGCCCACCACCAAUGUUCACACACCCUGUAAAUACAAUGUAAAUAGUCUGAGACUUUUUAAGACCACGGCGUGUUGUUGUGUAAGUAGAACUUUCUGAGCUAACUGUUAGAAUGUAACGGACGAGGGGAGAAAAAAAAAGCUGAGAAAGAGAGACAAGAACGACAAAAUUUCUUACAGUUUUUACCAAAGGGACCUGAUGAUACAAAUGAGCUGAUUUUGUCCCACCUUACCUUGCACCACAACCCCCGCAGCACCCUCUCUCUCUUUCGGUGUGUUCUUUUAUGUCUUUUCUUCUUUCUAAUUUACAUAGUUAAAAAAAAAGAAGAGGAAAAGUAGAAAUGUGUCCAGGUUUUUCUGUUUUUAUAAAUGACAAAAUUCUUCUCAAUUCACCAGAAAACAAAGACAAAAACACUGCAACACUAUCCAACAGUAUCCGCUCUCUCCACCCUGGAUAGUUUUCUGCUGCCCCCCACUCCCCACCCCUUGCCUCCAAGUUGUAUUUUUGAUAUUGGAAAAGUGAAAUGAGCAUGUCUUUCGUCCGUUUAUUUAGACAUUAUUUAAAGUGAUAAUAAAAAAACACAUUUGUAGCCUACAGUGAUUAAAUGUCUAUGGACUUUUA